GCCCGCGCGGGGCGGUGGUAGCGGCGGGCGGAAGGGGCGCGGCGGGCGGCGGGCGCCAUGGCGGCGGCGGCGGGGCCCUACGCGCUGCUGAGCAGCUGUGACGGCGGCUUCGCGGCCGAGGAGCUCGUCAGACGCAUCACAGGAAGAGAGGACCUCACAGAGGGUGCUACGACAACUGGAGGAGUGAACUUUUACCCCUGGACAAUAGAUAAUAAGUAUUACUCUGCAGAUAUUCACCUCUGUGUGGUGCCAAACACAGCUCUUGUUACAGGAGCAAUUGCUGAAUCUGUGCAGGCGUUUGUGGUGUACUUCGACAGCUCAAUAAAAUCUGGGCUCGAUAGUGUCUCUGAAUGGCUUCCCCUGACAGAAGAGUGGCUACCAGAAGUCAUGAUCUUGGUCUGUAACAGAGUAUCUGAAAAUGGUGUUAACAGGCAGAAAGCUCAGGAAUGGUGCAUCAAGCAUGGCUUUGAACUGGUGGAACUUAGCCCUGAGGAACUGCCAGAUGAAGAUGAUGACUUUCCGGAGUCCACAGGAGUGAAACGAAUUGUACAGGCCUUGAAUGCCAACGUCUGGUCAAACGUGGUCAUGAAGAAUGACAGGACCCAGGGCUUUGGCCUUCUCAGCACGUUAGCAGGUGCGAACUGUAGCAUUGGGUCAGAAGAGAACCAAGAUGCGGAAUCCAAUCCAGCAGCAGCAGACAGAGAAGAACCCCAUUUAGCCAACGGAGAGGAUGCAGCUAGCACAAACGACCUGCAGAUCGACAGCGUUGUAGAUCCCGUGUUAGAUACAGACAUUCAGGAGCUAGCCAGCCUGACCACGAGAGACGGCGACCUGGAGAACUUUGAAAGGCUGUUUUCCAAGUUGAAGGAGAUGAAAGAAAAAGCUGCAACGUUGCCCCAUGAACAAAGAAAACUACAUGCAGAAAAGGUGGCCAAAGCGUUCUGGAUGGCAAUUGGAGGAGACAGAGAUGAAAUUGAAGGUCUCUCCUCGGAUGAAGAAAACUGAGGUCUUCUGUAGCUGUAAGCAACAGAGUGAUCCUAAGAGUGAUCUUUUCCUGCAGUGAGCGUGAAUUGCAGAAAGCCCCACUUAGCUUUAGUUGCUCUCUUUGGUUUAAGGAUUCCCCAUAUCGUUGCAAUGAGUGACACAUCCACAGCACCUUAUGGUUCCAGUGGUUUUGUCUGACUGCUCGUCCUCCCUCAGAGAGUUCUGGACAACAACGUAUGCAGUUAGAGGAAAUAAUGGGUUAGUUUACAUUUUUCGAAUUAACAUUUUUAUAGUUUCCUCUUUUGAGUUUAAACAAACAAUUUUACUACCAGUUAUCCUUCUACAUAUGGCUGCUGGUUGUUAAACAACCACUUAAUUCUAAACUCAGCAUUUAGAUGUAGGUCUGUUUGAUGUUUUCGUGCAGCUUUAUAGCUGACUUACAAAACAAACCAGAUUUCUGUGAGGCAUGAAGAGAAAGUUGGUGUGCUGUACCCUAUUUGAGAUGCUGUGCCAGGGCUGCAGGGUUAAUCCUGCUGAGUGCCAGGGCUAUUAAAAAUGGCCCAUGGGCUUUGAUUCCUGUUUGCGUUUGUAAGCGUGGGUCCUUCCCUAAGAACUCCAGAGCUGUGCCACACUCCCCAGGUUUCCACGAGAAACCAGAUUGGGGAUUAAAUGCAAGGCAGACUUCUGCUGCUGUUCCAGGCGUGAAUUUCCCUGCUCAACCCUUCUGCAGUGCAAUGCCUCCAACAGCUGGGAGAACGCACAGACCUUGAUGUGGUGAAUUCUGUCCUAAAUUUCGCAUGAGAAAAGCUACGAUUUCAACCCCCCUCGUCACCCGGUGUAUUUAUUACAGACUUAUGCUCCCGUGUGUUAAUUAGAACGUACCAGAGUACAAGCCUCAAAUCGCUGCUUCGUGGUACCAAGGGUUAGAAAAAUUCCUUCAUCCCUAGAAUUGGGAUGUUGUCAUCUUCUGCACAGUCACACGGUCACAGGGUUUCUGGAGAACGAAGGCACACACAGCACUGGAACACGAAGGAAGGCACAGUGCCAUGGUCUGGGGAGGAGAGAUGAGAAAAGGUGAACGCCAUCCCUCAGCUGAGCCACCAAGGAACCACACCUCCCGCUGGGGCUGCCUGCUGAGCGAUUCCUUACCCCUCUGGAAACAGGCAGUGUUAAGCAAUCUUAUUUUGAAGUUAACUUUUCCAGUGUCUGUUCUUUCAGGUCAUGCAGUGUAGUGAGUCUUAGGCAGCGGCUUUCCAUCAAAUAUCCGACAGCUUUAAAUUCCAAGAGCACUUUCACAGUGGUUCUUGACAUUCAUUGCCUGUGCUUUUAAGAUGAAGCAGAGCCAGAACAAUAGGCUUCUUUGAACACUUCCUGGGUAAAAGCUGAGGCGUUUUCGAUUCUAAGGAACAGAACGAAAGCCUCGUGAGUAGUUUGAAUAGCAUUGCUCAUGUAAAGACCGAGCAGUAGCUCCACCACAGCCAAAUACAUUUUAAAGAAGAAACAUUUCUUUUACAGGGACGCUCAUACAGAAGGAAGCAGACCUGCUGGGGCUGCUCCUCCCGCCAGGCCUCGCUGUGACUUUGCCCCCUCUUCCCAUUCGCUCCUCCUUUCUUUUCUCUCAACACAGAGAGCUGCAGUAAGGAAGUGAAGGUUGUUUCUUCCAAGUAGGGAACAGUUUUCUCUGUUUGCUUCUUGGUAGGUGAAGGUUGGGUGUUUUUCUUUCCUUCUGUGUAUUUGUUGUGCAAUACAGAUGCAUGGCACAUGUGCAGAGUAAAUUAAUUGAAGACGGUGGAGAACAUAAUGCACUCGAAUACUUUAUAAAAAUGAUUUUUGUGUGUGUGUUAUACAUGUGAUAGUUUGUUUAAACUGGAUGAAAUGACAGAAGUUCAGAUUUUUUUCCUGUUUCCAAGGUAGGGGCAGAUAAAUCCCCACAGCUGAUGCCUUACCCCAGCAGUCAGGUACCGGCCUGGGCGCACCCAGCCUGCCACAAACUGGCACGACAGACAGGAAUGAGAGCGAGCGUUUGAAAGCACAGAGCACGCGUGCACAGCACCAGCGUGCUUUAAGCAGAGAAGUGCAGUGGUGCAGCAGGGGGAGGCAUCCACACUGCUGCCAAGACUGGCAAAGGUUUGUACGCGUUUUCAUGCAGAUCUUGCUGACAGACUGCAGUGUAAAUGUGUCCUGGUGGCAGACACAUUCCAUGCUUUAAGAAAGCAUUACUCAUCAAGGUAGGAAGUGUGGCUGAGAGAUACUGGAAAAUAGUUUUAAUGAUCCCUAAAGAUUAUUUGUAUUGCAUUUUUCAGUCCAAGUUUACUUUGCUGGUGGCUUAGGUGUUUUUUAUUUCCUGGAGAGGCUUUCUUUCUGGCUGCAUCAUUUCUUUCCAAAAUAGCUGUUACUAAAAUGAAUAAACGGGGCAUUAGUGGAAUUGCAAACCUGAA